AUGGAGGUUCCAAAUGGCCUCACUCCUGUCGAGCCUUUUACUGGGAAUGCCGAAUCGAUAACCACUGGCGACCUCGUCUCCGACUACGCAACCAUCCCCGCAUACACUACAGGAGCGGAGAAGAAAGCUGCAUUGGACACCGAGAUCACCGCUGUUACUACCCCGGACAAUGCUAGUGAUGAUUUCGAGAAGACUGACAACCCAGACCACAUUAUCAUUACUGGUGCCGAUGCGGCCGCCCACCUGCUGCCACUCCGCGAUGAUGGUGACGCAUCCGUGACCUUUCGUGGUAUCUUCCUGGCUUCGUGUCUCUCUGCAUUCCAAGCUGUCAUGAACCAGAUUUAUACGUUCAAACCCACUUCGAUCACUAUUCAAGGCACCUUCAUCGUGCUCAUUGCUUACUUUGUCGGCAAUGCUUGGGCCAAAUUUCUUCCCCGUGGUGACCGUCAUCUUACUAGAUGGAGAGCAAAUAACGGAGACAACAAGCCGCCCUUCUGGAUCUCUUUUUUGGUGUUUAUCAACCCCGGACCCUGGGGGCUCAAAGAACAUGCCAUCUGCUCAAUUACUGCAACCUCGGCUUCCAAUGCGGCUGCUGUCUCUCUGGUAUUUGCUGCCCAGGAACUCUUCUAUGAUCUUCCUAUCAGCCCGGCAACUGUAAUUCUGACCAUGAUCUCAAUCGGCCUCUUUGGCUACGGCCUAUGUGGCUUGCUGCGACCCAUUGCUGUGUGGCAUGUCGAAGCCGUAUACUGGAGCACACUUCCUACAGUCAAGACGCUCCAAGGUUUGCACUGGCAGGAAGUGAAGAACUCAAAGCCACUGCGAUUCUUCUGGUACACCUUCGUGGGCAUGUUCUUCUACGAGUUCUUCCCUGCAUACAUCUUUCCAUGGCUAAAUUCUGUAUCGAUCCCUUGCUUAGCUUCGAUGAAGGCUACAGGAGAGAAGGCUGCUGUCUUGACAAAUCUCUUUGGUGGAGCUACCAACAAUGAGGGCUUGGGUCUUUUCACUGUGUCGUUUGACUGGCAAUACAUCACUUCUUUCAAUACUUCUCUUCCCCUCAUCCUGCAAGGUCAUGUUGCGAUUGGCGUGUUUGUCUGCAUGAUCGUCAUGUUGAUCAUCUACUACACAGACACAUGGGAGUCCAAGUCGCAGCCUUUCAUGUCCACGCAGCUUAGAUCCCAAGACGGAAAGAAGUAUCCAAUCUCUAAGGUCUUUGUAGGCGGAGUUCUGGACGAAGAGGCCCUGCAGAAGUAUGGCAUACCUCGCCUGACCGGAACCUUUGCUUAUGCCAUGUUCAUGGCCAAUGCUGCUAUCGGUGCUCUCAUUGCCCAUACCAUCUUGUUCUGGGGCGGCGACAUCAAGAAAACAUACAAGAGCGCCAGAGAAGGGAGAUACGACGACCGUCACCACCAACACAUGGCAAAGAACUACAAGGAAGUCCCUUGGUGGUGGUAUAUGGCCGUGCUUGUCUUCAGCUUCGUUCUCGGCUUGAUCGUCGUGAUCAAAGAGAACAUCACUAUGCCGGUCUGGGCUUACGUCGUUGCUUUGAUCUCCGGAAUCAUCGUUGCUCCAUUCAGUGCCUUGAUCUACUCUCGCUUCGGCAAUGGUAUCGCCACCAAUAACCUAUCCAAGAUGAUCGCUGGUUUGGCGCUUCCUGGCCGCCCCGUUGGUAAUAUGUACUUUGCCGCCUGGUCCCACAACGUCAUCACCAAUACCGUUAACCUUUGCAAUGACCUGAAGAUGGGCGAGUACCUUAAGAUCCCUCCCCGCGUCAUGUUCGUCACCCAGAUCUAUGGCACAAUCUUGGGUGGCUUCCUCAACUACGCUGUUAUGAUUUCUAUCGUCAGUGGCAACGCCGAGCUUCUCACUAACGGCAAUGGUAAUGCUUCGUGGAGUGGAGCUACUAUUCAGUCAUACAACACCAACGCCAGCUCAUGGGCUCUCGCCAAGUACUUGUACAAGACCGGUACCACUUACUCGGCUGUUCCCAUCGGUGUUGCCGUCGGCGCCGGUUUAGUAGUUGUCCACCGCAUCUUCGUUCAGUUCGUCCCCAAGAUCCGCAAAUUCUCCACCUACGACAUCAACAUGCCUCAAUUCAUCGCCUAUGCUGGUUAUAUCCCUUACAACCAGUCCCAGACUUGCGUCAUCUUCAGUCAACUUAUCGCUGGCUUCUUCACGCAAUUCUACCUUCGCAACUACCGCCCUCGUAUUUUCAAGGACUACUCUUACUUGCUGACUGGUGCUAUGGAUGGUGCUAGUUUGUUGGCGCUGUUCAUCUUGUCAUUUGCCGUGUUUGGCGCUGCUGGAAGUUCGAAGCCCUUCCCGAGUUGGUGGGGGAAUAACAGCAAUGGCAACUAUGACCUCUGCCCUGUGCCGGAAUGA